CCCAAAGAGAGGAGAGAGGGAGAGAUAUCUCGCAGCGACGAAAAUGUCUGCACAAACUGCAAACCCCAAACCAAACAUCCCAUGGAAUGUGAAGCUCUACAGGGCAUCAAUUUCGUGGAUCUUGGACGCCGCAUUACGCCCCAACGGGACCAUCAACCGCGGCCUCAUCAACUUCUUCGACUUCAAAGCCUCUCCCUCUCCCAAACCCCUCGAUGGCGUUUCCUCCUCCGACAUCACCGUCGAUUCUUCUCGCGACCUCUGGUUCCGCAUCUACAACCCAGCCCCCACCCCCACUGGCGGCGAUCCGAACGACGUUGUCGGCAUGCCCGUCAUCGUGUUCUUCCACGGCGGCGGCUUCGCCAUUGCCCAAGCCAACUCGAUUUCGGUGGACAAACAGGCGCGCCAGUUCGCCCAAGAGCUCCGCGCCAUCGUCUUCUCCGUCAACUACCGGCUGGCGCCGGAGCAUCGGUUCCCUUCCCAGUACGAAGAAGGGUUCGACGUGCUGAGAUUCAUCGACGAAAUGGACGGACGCGAUCUGCCACCCAAUGCUGAUCUUAACCGUUGCUUUAUCGCCGGAGAAAGUGCCGGAGGGAACUUGGCCCACUUCGUAGCGGUCAGAGCCGGCGAGUACGCCUUCAAGAGAGUGAACCUCCUCGGGCUCAUAGCAGUACAGCCGUUUUUCGGAGGGGAGGAGCGGGUCGAGUCCGAGAACCAAUUAUUCUGGGGCCCGACUCUGAGACUGGACAGGACGGACUGGUAUUGGAGAGCUUUUUUGCCGGAAGGAUCGAACAGGGACCACCCGGCGGCGAAUGUGUUCGGGCCGAAUGCGGGUGAAAUAUUGGGCGGGAGGUUCCCGGCUACGCUUGUUGUAAUUGGAGGGUUCGACCUGUUAAGGGAUUGGGACCUGAGGUACUACGAUGGUCUGAAAAGAUCCGGAAAAGAGGUACACCUGGUGGAUUAUCCGACUGCGAUCCACGGGUUCUGGAAUUUCGGCGUGAUGCCCGAAUAUAGUUUGUUCAUAGAGGAAGUGAGGGCGUUCAUGCAAAAGCAAAUGGGCAAAUGAAAUAAUUAAUUAAGCUACUCCCAUUCUCCAACCCUUCAAAUUAGUUAAUAUGCUUUUAUAUUUUUAUUAUUAAAUCUUUUUUAAGAGGAUUUAAGAUUCUCAUAUUCUAUGCAAGAGUCAGUAAGACGCAAGUGGGUUUUCCGUUGUAGAAUACGGUAUUUAUAACAAUACA